AUGAAGUGCGUUAGAAUUUUAAACGCAUAAAAUGCUGUAAAUUAAAAUGAGCUGAUAAGAAGUUAAAAGGACAAACUCGACAAAGAUAGUACGCAAAAGAUCAAAUUAUUCAUCAAUGAAAUUGGAAUGUCUAUAGUGAAUUCAUAAGCUAGAGAGAUUGCAUAUAUCUACAUUACUAACCUAAAAUUUAGCAAACGUCAAACAAAUAAGAACAAAAAGAUAUCAUUCAGAGCAGAUACUACUUAAAUUGAUAAUUAAUUGGUCAGAUAAAAUGAUGCAAUUAUUUUCAAGAAAUAAAUGAGAGACGGUAGCAAGCAAAUUGUCUUAAAAGUGCAUAUUAUAGAUAAUUAAGCAAUAGAAAACUUAUACUACUACAAGUACUUUUACCUGGAAUUAGCUCCAUUCGAUCUAAAUGUAGAUGGAAAUUUUUGUGAUGAGUUUUAUAAAUACACCUUAGAUAUCUUUAGUUAAGCAAAGAGCUUCACUUAGCAAUCAAGCUUUAACUAAAUUGGUUCUAAUGUUUACGAAGAUGUCGAAGAUAUUGAAAAAAUGAAGCAAACUUUUAAUGACUUAAAAAAACCAUAUGAGAAAAAUGAAGUGUAAGCUUAAAAGAGGAUAUUCUUUGAAUAAUUCUACAUAAAUGAUGUCAAAUUCAACUUUUCAUUUCAAUCUUCACCAAUUUUAUUCAGAGAAUUUACAAUGAACCCAACCUUAAAAUUCUUUAUUGUACUUUUAAUUUCAUCAAUGGGACUUUUUGGAAAUCUCGGUGAUACUGCUCACAGUCUCAAAUAUGCUUUUGGAUAGCUACUUUAAAAUCCUUUCCAAACUGGUUUCAAACAACUUUUUAAGGGUGGACUUGGUUUUGUUAAACAUACGAUUUCUGCUAUAAUUGGACCUAUCGGUUCAGUUUUUGAAACUUUUAGAAGAGGAGUUUACUUUAUAGUUUAAUCUUCCUAAAUUAACGAGGAUUUUAAUAAUUUAGUUGUUGAUCGGGAUUUAUUUGAUGAUGAUAUAAGCAAUGCUAGUAGAGAAAUAAAUACAUUUAGCUCUCCAUUAGCAAUUAUUGAUACCCAGAAUAAAAUCUGGAUGAAAAUAAUCUCUAGAGAAAAACAAAACUACGAAGUUAAAAAAAGAUAAUUGAUGAAAUUCAGAGAAUUGAGUAAUUAAGGAGAAGAACUUUAAAGAAGGUAAAAUGUAGGUAACCUCAGUGUAGGUCUUAACAAAAUUUAUAAAUUCACAGCCAUCUUUUCUAACUUUAUUUGGAGUGGUGUGCAAUUAUUAAAUAACUAAUUAUCUGAAGAAGAAGCACAAACUAGAGUUCUUAAAGUAAGACCCCCACGAUUUGUUAGCUUUAGAAUGGAACUUGAAUCUUAUAAUCUUUAGAAAGCGCUAGCUCUUGAGAUUUUGAAUGAUAUUAAUUUGAAUGUAUUUGAAAAUGAAAUGAUUCAGAAGGUUUUUUCAUUCAAGUUUAACUCAUUUAUUUUUACUGGAAAGAGAUUUAUAUGUGUUUAAUCGAGGUUAUCAGAAACUUCCUAAAAGAGACAUUAUACUCAUUGGAAUAUACUUUAUAAGGAUGUCAUUAAAAUUAGAGUUUAGAUAUUCAAUAGAUUAACUAACGAGCAGGUAGAAGAAGAUUAUUUCAUAAGGCUUUUUGAAGAUGUGGAUCGAAACAAGAGGGAACUUUAAAACAUGUAUCUGUUGUUAAAGAUUCACUAUCAUUAAAUUGGUGAUGCAGGAGAGACUGGUGAAAUAGACAAAAGUCUUUAAAAGCUAAGUCUUGAAAAUAGAAAGAAAAAUAUGCUUAAAAGGGAUUAAUAUGGUUUUGGAGGAUUAGGAUUAGAUUUAUAAGGAGAUUUAAGAAUCGGUGUGCAAGAAAUUCUAGCAACUUAUCAAGAAGAUAAUAAAUUAAGGUAUUUCUAUAUUGAACUAAGCAAAAGAAUUGACAAGAAAAAUUGA